AUGGAAGAAGAAGGAAUGAGAGCAAGAAGCUUCCGUAACGAGGAUUACAACACGCGACGAGUUUUCUUGAGGAGCUAUCCGCUUCACUGGGACCCACGAGCUGAAGCCGAAGAAGAAAGUGCUGAACUAGCAGCUUCAGCCGAUUUUGGCGAAAAAAUCGAACCUGCAAAAGACGGUGGAAAACAAGUUAAGAAGAAGAUGGUUCUCACGAUCGUCCAGUGGGGGGAGAAGAGGGUUCUUGUUUUCAAGAGAAUCAAGCAGAAAGUUACGAUUUUGGUUGUAAAUUGUGUGCCUGUCAGGUUCAAAGCUCCUACUUCUUUGAUUUCUGUUAUAUGA